AUGCCACAUCCACUUGUUCUAUGCGGUCUACCUCGCACUGGCUCAACACUCCUCUACAACUUAAUGGCUUGUGAUCCAGCAUGUCGAGCACCACUCUAUGUGGAAAUGGCUCAUCCUGUGCCACCACUUGCACGGUCGGACACUACUGGACAGAUGCAACGCAAUACUGCUGCACAAGGAUUCCGUGAGAUAUUGAACGCUUCUGGCUUGGCUGAUUAUCAACAAGCUACGCGUGCUUCUCAUUCUCAUUUUACACAUGAAGAAGAUCUAUAUAUUCUUUAUCAUGCUGGAUAUAGUUGGUUUCCUGCUAUGCUUACGGCUCCAGAUGAUAACGAACUGUUGAGUGUAUCUGAAAUUCGACAAAUUCAAAGUGGUGUUGGUACAUACAAAUAUUAUUUUAACAAUGAUGAAUAUGCAAAUAUAAUCGAUGGUUCAAUUAGUUGGGAUGGAACACCAUUUAUCAAACAAGAAUUAUAUAAUACCAUUGAUACACUUAAAGAUGCUUUAGUUACUGUACGAUCAUCAACUCGAUGUGAUUGUAAGAUUAUAGAAGCAAAAAUUAUUGAUCCGAAUACAAUGUUACUAUACAAUUUGGAAACAAAAGGUUAUUUUUAUUGUAGUAGCUGUUCAAUUGAAUAUAAAUCAAUAAGACCUCAUCAAGAUGGUACAACUUUAAAAUUUGAAUUUAAAAAGAAUGACACAAAGUAUAAUGGUACAUUAUCAUAUUUAAUGAGAGGUAUAACCUGGUCGCCAAAUUAUGACUUAUUUAUUAAAGAUACAAAUACAUGUAAUCUUCGAGCUUAUGCCAACAUACGUAAUAAUCAACAACAAGAAUAUCAAAUUGAUAAUACUUAUUUAUAUAGUGGUGAUAUUCAAUUAGCGAAUACUUAUCCAUCAUAUUAUCCUAUCCAAGCAAUGCAAAUAGCAGCUGGAAUGAGUCCUACUAGUUCAUCAUCUAUUCAGCUUGAUGGUGAACAAAAAGGUUUUUAUUUUUAUUCAUUAAAAGAUGAUUAUACAUUACGUCCGAAAAGUUCUAUUCGUUUACCAUUUAUUAAUGUUAAUCCUAAAUGUAAAUUUUAUUAUAAAACAACAACAAGUAUUAGUAUUGGACAAUAUAAAGGUAUAUUUCAACGAAAUUAUGAUUUAAUAUCGGAUCAAUUUUUACCAGCUGGAAUUUUAACUAUUCGUGAUAAUCAAGUAUUGAUGGGUCAAUCAAAUUUACCUGAUGUUCCAGUAAAUUAUAAUCAAACAAUUGUUCUAGGUCAAGAUAAUGAUGUUCAAUAUUCUAUAAAAGGAAAUUUAAUAUCAUCAAAUAAAAAUACAACAACGAUACUUUGGCAAACAUAUCAACUUGAUGUGAACAUAUUUAAUUAUAAAGAUAAAGAUGUACAAGGUCAACUUGAUUUUUAUGGAGCUAUUCAAACAAAUAUUGAUAAAACAACAUGUAAUUCAAUUAAACUUGAUGGAACUAUGAUUAAUUUAACAUUUCAACUUAAAAAGAAUAAUAAUUAUCAAUGUCGAAUUAUUGUUACUCUAAAAUGA